CACCUAAGCUCUGACACACGUGUUGACAGUGAUCGAGUACGUCUGGUGACAUUUCUAUACCUCGAUAUUUUAUAUUUUUUAAAUUCACUAUUAAUGCGAUUUUGAGAAUAAAAAAACAAAAAAAUAUAACUUUUAACAAUAAUAAUAAUGAUUGUUAUUUUUGUAUCUGUGAAUAAAUUAAAAAAAAAAAUUAGUCCUUUUGUAUGAAGCUUUUUUUAAUAAACCGUGGGUGAAGUUACUACGCAGACUUGAAAGAGGAUUAUUUGGAUAAAAAAAAAUUAUAAUAAUAAUAGUAGUAAAAAUAAUAAAGAGUAUAAUAAUAAAACAAGUUGGAGACAGAAGAAAUGCAUAAUAGGGUGCUAAAAAAGGUGCAGCUAUAAUCUUUCAUCUCGGGGAGUCCAAGGAAGGAUAAAGUGGUACGGAAAGAAUAAAAAAAGACCAACUCGAGAUGAUGAUACAUAUUUAUUUGAUGCUUUUAUGUUCAUUUAUGGUCCAGGGUAAAAUAGGAUAUUUUUGGCAUAUAACAGACAUCCAUUACGAUCCAAAAUACUCGUCAUCUGGAACUGGAGGAGGAAGCACAUGCUGGAAUACACGAUCCAGCAAUAUAGAUACUGGACACAUAAGACCAGAUAGAAGAGUGGCCGGAGUGUUUGGAAACUACAGCUGCGAUUCACCAUGGGCACUGAUCGAGUCUGCGGUACAGGCUAUGAAAUCAAAGCAGGACGAAGGAAUCGAGUUUGUUUUGUGGACAGGUGAUGCAUUGACCCACGCCGCAGAAAUGAGUGAGGAAUUACGAUUGCAAUCUUUAAAGAAUCUCACGGAUUUAUUAUCCCAUACGUUCACCAGCCAAUUCGUAUUCCCGGCGCUGGGACACGAGGAUGUGGGCUUGAAUUUUAGCCAAACCGCUAUUUUGUGGAAACAUUGGCUACCAAGCGAGGCACUUCAAACAUUUGAAAAAUCUGGGUACUAUAUGGUUGAACAAAAGUCGAAAAAGUACCGAAUAAUACUGCUGAAUACAAAUCUUUGGUUAGACAUGGAUAAUAUUGACAGUCGAUUUCACACUCACCAGUAUCACCAGCAUCAACACCAUCAGCAGCAUCACCAGCAACAACGGACUAGUGCUGGUUCAACAACAAAGAAUUCAAGUGAUCCACACAAUCAAUGGCGGUGGUUUGAAUCUGUUUUACGAACUGCAAGAGAAAAAAAAGAUACUGUAUACGUUGUCGGACAUACGCCGCCUGGGGUAGACGAGAGAGACAGUGGCGCCAGGCCACUAAAAGAACAACACAACAGACGUUACUUGCAAAUUGUAAGGCAGUAUGCGGAUAUUAUUGCAGGACAAUUUUUUGGACAUUGGCAUUCUGAUACUUUCAGGACAAUCUACAGUGAUUUAGGAGUACCCAUUUCGUGGAUUAUGAUGGCACCAAGUAUUACGCCGGGUCGACCGAACGGACCAAAUAAUCCCGGACUGAGGUUGUACAAGUUUGAAACAAGCACUGGACAGAUUUUAGAUUACAUUCAGUACUACCUUGAUUUACCAAAAGCUAAUUCAAUCGGUCGUGCCAACUGGGUCGUCGAGUAUUCUCUUCUGGAUUAUUAUGAAUUAAAAGAGAUAAAUGCACAUAGUCUUCAUGACCUCGCUGAUCGAUUUACUAAGACUAAUGACAACGCUUUCGUAAGAUAUUAUGCAGCAAAUACAGUAUCAUUACCUCGGGACGUAGAAGAGAUUUGGGGAUGUGGGGGUGCAUUUAGUGGUACCUGUAUGCUGCAACACUACUGUGCAGUGACACGAGUAAAUCCCGAGUCGUACAGCAGCUGUUUGUCCUCAUUCGCGUAUCCUCUGUCCACAGACUCGUCAUCCAAGCAUCAUCUGUACAUUAUACUUUACAUUUUAGGAUCGAUGGCUUGUCUACUUACCAGCCGGUAGACCUAUUACGAAAUUAUAGACUUUGUUAUACUAUUUAUUUUGCUACGGUAUUAUAAUUUUACUUUUACUUUUAUUAUUAAAUCUGUGAUGUCAGCUGAAAUAUUUUUUUAUAUUUUAUUUUUCCCUGCUAUGGAUAUACCUCGUUCGCUUAUUUCUCACCACAUUUUUAAUAACUGCGUGUGUGUAUGCAUACAGUCUGGUGAAAAGUGUCAAGAGUUAUUAUCUAAUUAA